AUUCACUAAGCGGGAGCGCCUCGACAGGUUAAGAACAUGUGUGAGCUUUUCCUUUCCACCUAUCACCGGCUUACAACCUUCCAAGCUCUUAACCAGGUACUCUCUCCAACUCGACCGAUCAGAAUCCGGGUGAUACUCGCAAUUUCUCCUCGACACAUCGACCCUGUUCACGGAAGACCUCAUGUCUCAAGAAUACCACCAAGACAACAAUUCUUCCGACGACAGCUUCGACAACCUCGACAUCGGCUCCCUAGACUUGCAAUUGCUCCGUAAAGCUCAAUCUCAAGCAACUAUGGAUAACGAGAGCGCAUUGUUGUCUGUCUAUGACGGCCCUGUGUACUUUGCUCAAUCUGGCAUCCAACCCUAUGACAUAGGGAAUUAUCAGCCGAAUGAUCUUCCUCUAUAUGCACCUGAAGAUGGUCAGCAGCAAUAUAGUUUCAACGAAUACAACCAACCAACGCUCGAGCAGCUUUCACACCAGCCUUUCUCAGGCACCCUGCCUCUUCGUUAUUCAUUCAUAGAGACUGACAGCACUACGAAUGCGCCACAACACGCGGUCGACGCACACGCGCCAUUUAACGACAGUUUCGGCUACAUGACACCCAGCCCAUCGGCACAAUCUCACGCUGCUGCACUUGCUCCAGUUCAACCUAACCCUUAUGGGCUGGCAUUUCGGAAUCUGGCAGAAGCGAAAGACAGCAUGCUUAACCGCUACAUCGAAAAGGACUGGGUCGCGCCUGCCGAUGACAGCACUAUUCCAACUACCGACGAAGAACGAGCCGGAUACGUCGCCGAGCUACUGGACGCAAUGAAAGAUACUUUGUCCUGCCCAGAAAAGCAGGACAAGUUCCGAUUCAUAGACCGUUUGGCUCCGGGCGCCAAACAGUUUCAUGCAGAGCACAUGGAGAAAGUAUGCUGGCAGCUCGUUGACACCGCCGUAAAUCUACAUGUCAUCGGCCCGAAAUCAUUCUCCAUUUACGACACGACGCCACUGAAAACGAUGUGGCAAUCACGCUUCCUUACUUUUGGUGAGCGUAUGGGUCAUCUCUGUGCACUCUUACGGCUUUCCAAGAGCCGAUGCUUCUCACUCAUCAAGGGCGAGAAUUUGGAGACUACAGUAGGUGCGCCUGCCCAGCGAUACUCAGGUACGCUCCUGAACAAUCACCAGAACGAGAAUCGCCAGGAGUAUAUCCAACAAGGUCGAACGAUUGUGAAGGAGAAGAAGGCUACGACGCCACCAGAAGAUAAAGCCUCAGGCACGGACGGUGAUGAGGAACUCGAUUCAAGUGUCGCAAUCAGCUUGCCUUCAAACGAACCUGAAGAAGAAUUUUAUUCAAAUGUCGCGAUGAGCCUGCAACCAUCAGAGCCUCUGCCACCUGCCGACGUUGGUACAAGUGUUUUCGGUGACUUCCAGUCCAACAACAUCCAGGCUGUCUUCGAGUACGCGGGCGACAACAGCGGGCAGUACGAGAAUAACCAGAACGUCAAUGGAAACUCGUACGAUUAUGGCCUUCAACCUGUCUUCAAUCACGCUCUGCUCUCGCCUGGGAUGCUAUCUGCGAACAUGCUUUCGCCAUCCGCCUCCUACGCCCCACUUCUAACGCCAUCGUUGCAUGGAAUCUAUUCUCGGAGUACGCAGCCAUCGCCGGUGACGCCGACAACGUCUUAUAUGCCGCACAUGAUGGAAGGCUACCCGUACACUCCGUACUUUCACCCAAUGGCUAUUCCUAGACCUAACCGAGUGUUGAAACGUAGUGCCGAAGACGCGCAGCUCGAGGCACAUCUAAAUGGACCAUUUCAGCGUCCGUGCUUGGAAGAUCGUGAGAACCCACGCUACCAGAAAGGGAAUGGAUUUUAA